AUGGAUAUGGCCAAAGUCCGUAUAGACGCAGACCCAUUCAGGCUUAAAUCCCUCAAAUCAUACUCCCUCGAGGAUGUGCAAACCUUGUCUCACCGAACCCUACGCGCUGUACCCGAUUUUGGUUCGUUUUUCGUCUCUCUCGCCGAUGUUACUCGUUUACCAAGUCAGGAGGUCUCUCGUCGCCUGCGUCAAGCGGGUGCCCAUCAGAGGCAAGGAGACCCAAAUUACGUAACUGGUGAAAAUUUGGGUCUUUCUUCGCCUAUAAGCGCAUCCAGGGCCACCUCAGUUAUUUCCUCAUGUAGCAUUCCGGAAAACAAGAACGACGACGGCACAUAUCCUGAGAUAGAUGACCCCAGCAAUCCCACUCCAGACCAGGACACCGAAUGGACCAUCUCGGUUGUUCCUGCGCUCGCCACCAUCACGGGACUGAACACUAAUAUGGGACCACCUGAGCGUGUCGGUCCUGGCGUUGCCGAGCCCGCCGUAUUCCAGCCUCGUGCAGAGAACGAUGUUAAUUCAUCAUUCUCACCAGACCAGCCAGCCGAUUAUGAAGAACAAAUCGAUCGGACAAAGCAUGAGGCCGUAUCUGCGAAUAUGGCUUCACAGUUCAUCUCGACAAUUGUUGAUCUAUACUCGAAUGAACCGGGGGAAAAUGCAUUCAUCACUGAAUUCUUCCUUUCGCCAAAUACUUUCAAGUUGGUCUCACCUCAUCUCAACUGUACUUGUCAAGAUGACGGCGGUCUUUGGCGUAUACAGUUUGACAAUAGAGCGUGGAUAAAUAAGAAGAGUGAACUGGUUUGCAGCCUUGAAGUCAAAUCGUCUUACUCCCAAGCUGAUAGCUCGGGAAAUGGAGCGAUAUCCCAUACAACUCUCGCACAACAAUUUUGCGAACUUCUUGGGUCUGUAAUGUCAUUGGUGGUUGACGAAAAACACGAAGAACUGGAUGCUGUGAAACGACGCCGAUUUCUUAUAUCCGUUCAUCAGACUGAUAUUACGAUUGUAUAUUGUAAUUUUUCCUCGAAGUAUCUCAGAUACAUUUACUCCAAGGAACCAUUAUCAGACCCGCCGCAUAUCACGUUGCAUCAAUCAUGCAAAUUUGACCUCAGCGACCCCACAGGUAGAAGGGAGGCUGCUGAAGCUAUUAUCGCUCUUAACGAAUAUUUCGAUGCAAAUUGA